UACAGUAACUGAAAAUGGACAUUAAAUUUAAAAUUGAUUACAUUUAAUUAAUUAGUCCAAACUAGACCAGACCAGACCUGACCAGACCGCCACUGCUACUACCAUGAGACAGUACGCUCCGCCCACGCGCGGCGGCGGCCGUGGUGGAGACUCAUACGCGCAAAUUUACAACAUUAUCCCUAUCCACGACCUACUCAUGGACCACCCUUCCUUGCGGUACCCAGAGGUACGCGCCGCCGCGGCUGCCUUGAGGUCCGCCGGAGAGCUCCCUCGCUAUCCCUACGCGGUUUAUGACCCCAACCACGACCUCAUGGACUGGCUCGGAUUGUUCUUCGGUUUUCAAGGGGACAACGUUCGGAACCAGAGAGAGCACCUGGUUCUUCACUUGGCUAACUCUCAAAUGCGCCUCCAACCUCCUCCCAACAUUCCCGACCAGCUCGAGCCUUCUGUGUUGAAGAAGUAUCGCCGGAAGUUGCUUCAGAACUAUACCUCUUGGUGUUCUUAUGUUGGCCGGAAGUCUAAUGUUUUGCUCUCUAGCCGCCGCGACGGCGGCGAUACGACUCGGGAGUUGCUAUAUGUGGCUCUUUACCUUCUGGUUUGGGGUGAGGCCGGGAAUCUCAGGUUUGCUCCCGAAUGUCUUUGUUAUAUAUAUCAUCAUAUGGCUAUGGAGCUUAAUCUUCUUAUGGAUAGGAGGACUGACCCUAGCACUGGUCAGCCACAUUUGCCUUCGUUUUCUGGUGACUGUGCUUUUCUGAAGAGUGUGAUUAUGCCGAUUUACCAAACUAUUAGCGAUGAGGUUGAUAGUAGUAGAAACGGGAAGGCUCCUCACUCUGCUUGGCGGAACUACGAUGAUGUGAAUGAGUAUUUCUGGAGCCGGAGGUGCUUUUCCAGGCUGAAAUGGCCGAUAGAUUUGGGGAGUAAUUUCUUCUCCACCACGCCUAAGAACAAGCGGGUGGGGAAGACUGGGUUUGUGGAGCAGAGGUCGUUUUGGAACUUGUUUAGGAGCUUUGAUAGGCUAUGGAUUUUGUUGAUUUUGUUCUUUCAGGCUGCUGUUAUUGUUGCUUGGGAUGGUACGACGUUUCCAUGGCAGGCGUUGGAGAGACGGGACGCGCAGGUUGAGCUUCUUACUGUGUUUAUCACUUGGGGUGGUCUUCGGCUUCUUCAGUCUGUGCUCGAUGCCGGGACCCAGUACAGCUUGGUUUCGAGGGAGACAAAAUGGCUUGGUGUGAGGAUGGUGUUGAAGAGCUUGGUUGCCUUGACAUGGACUGUUGUGUUCUCAGUUUUGUAUGCAAGGAUAUGGAGUCAGAAGAAUUCUGAUAGGAGGUGGUCAUAUGGGGCCAAUCAGAGGAUUAUUACUUUUCUUGAGGCUGUUCUUGUUUUUCUUGCUCCCGAGUUGACAGCAUUGGCUCUUUUCAUUGUUCCGUGGGUUAGGAAUUUCAUCGAGGAGUUGAAUUGGAGGGUUGUUUCCUGGUUGACAUGGUGGUUCUACACUCGAAUUUUUGUGGGUCGUGGUUUGAGGGAAGGGUUAAUUGAUAAUAUCAAGUACACUAUUUUCUGGGUUGUGGUUUUGGCGUCCAAGUUCUCAUUUAGCUAUUUCCUGCAAAUCAAGCCUCUAAUUUCUCCAACAAAGGCUCUUUUGAAUCUUAAAGCCAAGUACCAUUGGCAUGAAUUUUUCAAUAGCACUAAUGAGAUAGCAAUCGUGUUGUUAUGGCUUCCUGUUAUAUUGAUUUAUAUGAUGGAUUUGCAAAUCUGGUACUCCAUAUUUUCCUCCAUGGUUGGUGCAACAAUUGGGUUAUUCUCACAUUUGGGUGAGAUUCGGAAUAUCGGGCAGCUUAGGCUCAGGUUUCAGUUCUUUGCUAGUGCUAUGCAAUUUAAUCUCAUGCCUGAGGAGCAGUUGCUAACUAAUGAUAUGACACUGAUGAAGAAGGUCCGUGAUUCUAUUCAUAGAUUGAAGCUGAGAUAUGGACUUGGUCAAGCCUUCAAGAAGAUUGAGUCAAGCCAAGUUGAAACUACCAGGUUUGCUUUGAUAUGGAAUGAAAUUGUAAUAGCUUUCAGGGAAGAAGAUCUCAUCAGUGAUUAUGAACUUGAACUUUUGGAACUGCCGCCAAAUUGUUGGAAUAUUCGGGUUAUUCGGUGGCCGUGUUUUCUCAUCUGUAAUGAAUUGUUGCUUGCGCUUAGUCAGGCAACGGAGCUGGCUGAUGAGACCGACUUGUCUCUUUGGUUGAAGAUCUGCAAGAGUGAGUAUCGACGCUGUGCUGUGAUCGAAGCCUAUGAUACUGUCAAGCAUUUUUUGUUUGUGAUUGUUAAAUAUGGCACAGAAGAGUACUUGAUUGUUGAGAGAUUUUUUAACGAGAUAGAUAAUUGCAUUCAGAGAGGAAAGUUCACGGUAGAGUACAAGAUGUCUUUGCUUCCACAAAUUCAUGGCAAGUUGAUUUUACUUAUUGAGCUGCUGUUGAACCCAAAGAGAGAUAUAGACAGAGCAGUAAAUUUAUUGCAGGCCUUAUAUGAACUUUCAGUUCGUGAACUACCAAAGGCGAAGAAGUCCAUUGAGCAGUUAAGGCGAGAAGGAUUGGCUAGUCUCAAUCCGGCUAAUGAGACAGAUUUGCUAUUUGAAAAUGCAGUUGUGUUUCCUCCUGCUGAGGAUGCAAUCUUCUAUAGGCAACUCAGGCGCCUGCAUACAAUAUUAACUUCUAGAGACUACAUACAUAACGUCCCAAAGAACAUUGAGGCGAGAAGACGCAUUGCUUUUUUUAGCAAUUCCCUAUUUAUGAACAUGCCUCGUGCUCCGGUGGUUGAGAAAAUGAUGGCUUUCAGUGUUCUGACACCUUACUAUGAUGAAGAUGUACUGUUUAAACUAGAUGGGCUUCGGAAAGAUAAUGAAGAUGGCAUUUCCACACUGUUUUAUCUGCAGAAGAUCUAUGAAGAUGAGUGGACUAACUUUAUGGAGCGAAUGCGCAGAGAAGGCUUGGAGCAUGAUGAGCAGGUAUGGGUCGAAAAGGGAAGAGAUCUGCGGCUUUGGGCAUCAUACAGAGGCCAGACGCUAUCUCGCACUGUCCGGGGAAUGAUGUACUACUAUAGGGCCCUUCAGAUGCUUGCUUUUCUUGAUGAUGCGUCUGAGAUGGACAUAAGAGAAGGAUCACAGCAAAUUGCUUCUCACGGCUCUGCAAAAAGAAACAGAGGUUUUGAAGGUAUGCAGCCAGUGAAGCCACCAACUUCACGGAAUCUUGGCAGAGCAGGUAGUGGUGUAGGUCUUUUGUUUAAAGGGCAUGAGUAUGGAUGUGCUCUAAUGAAAUUUACAUAUGUGGUAGCGUGCCAACUGUAUGGUCAACAUAAAGCAAGGGGAGACCCCCGUGCUGAUGACAUUUUAUAUUUAAUGAAAAACAAUGAGGCCCUUCGAAUCGCCUAUGUUGAUGAGUUUAACUUUGGUAGAGAAGAUGCUGAGUAUUACUCUGUUCUUGUUAAGUAUGAUCAACAACUGGGAAGAGAGGUGGAGAUUUAUCGGAUCAGGUUGCCUGGUCCCUUGAAACUUGGGGAAGGCAAGCCAGAAAAUCAAAACCACGCCAUCAUUUUCACACGGGGUGAUGCAAUUCAAACCAUUGACAUGAACCAAGAUAAUUAUUUUGAGGAGGCACUCAAGAUGCGGAAUUUAUUAGAGGAGUUUAAGGUCAAUUACGGUCUUAGGAAGCCAACCAUUUUGGGUGUUCGGGAGAACAUUUUCACAGGUUCUGUGUCGUCACUCGCUUGGUUCAUGUCUGCCCAGGAAACAAGUUUUGUGACUCUGGGUCAGCGUGUUUUGGCAAAUCCUUUAAAGGUGAGAAUGCACUAUGGUCAUCCAGAUGUGUUUGAUAGAUUCUGGUUUUUGCCUCGGGGAGGGAUCAGCAAAGCUUCUAAAGUAAUCAAUAUCAGCGAGGAUAUAUUUGCUGGCUUUAAUUGCACCCUUCGAGGGGGCAAUGUAACUCACCAUGAGUAUAUACAGGUGGGCAAAGGGAGAGAUGUUGGACUGAACCAGAUCUCCAUGUUUGAAGCUAAGGUGGCCAGUGGCAAUGGUGAGCAGGUCUUGAGCAGAGAUGUGUAUCGUUUGGGUCAUAGAUUGGACUUCUUUCGAAUGCUAUCAUUUUACUACAGUACUGUAGGGUUCUAUUUCAACACAAUGAUGGUGAUACUUACUGUUUAUACAUUUUUGUGGGGGCGCCUUUAUCUUGCUCUUAGUGGGGUUGAGGAUGCAGCUAAUAGAAAUACCAGCAACAAUAAAGCCCUUGGUGCAAUCUUGAAUCAGCAGUUUGUUAUACAGCUUGGUAUCUUCACUGCCCUUCCUAUGAUAGUUGAGAACUCUCUCGAGCAUGGCUUCCUCCCAGCAAUUUGGGAUUUCUUGACUAUGCAGUUUCAGCUUGCGUCAUUGUUUUACACGUUUUCUAUGGGAACGCGCACCCAUUUCUUUGGUCGCACUAUUCUUCAUGGGGGUGCGAAGUACCGAGCAACUGGACGUGGAUUUGUGGUGCAGCACAAGAGCUUUGUUGAGAACUAUCGACUUUAUGCUCGAAGCCAUUUUGUCAAGGCAAUUGAGCUUGGGGUUAUUUUAACAGUGUACGCUUCUCAUAGCCCCAUGGCUGACAAUACUUUUGUUUACAUUAUCAUGUCGAUGUCCAGCUGGUUUCUUGUAGUGUCGUGGAUAAUGUCUCCUUUUGUGUUCAACCCUUCUGGCUUUGAUUGGCUGAAAACUGUAGAUGACUUUGAGAUUUUCAUGAAUUGGCUAUGGUUUACUGGUGGGGUGUUUACAACUGCUGAUCAUAGCUGGGAAAGAUGGUGGUAUGAAGAGCAAGAUCACCUGAAAACAACCGGUCUUUGGGGAAAGUUGUUGGAGAUUAUUUUAGAUCUCCGAUUCUUCUUCUUCCAAUAUGGUGUUGUGUACCAGUUGGGCAUUACCGGUAAAAACACCAGUAUAGCUGUUUAUUUGCUGUCUUGGAUAUACAUGGUUGUGGCUGUUGGGAUUUAUAUGAUCAUGGCAUAUGCCCGUGACAAAUACGCUGUAAAGGACCAUAUGUACUAUCGACUUGUCCAACUUCUUGUCAUUUUAGUUUUAGUACUUGUGGUAGUUCUACUGCUGGAGUUCACUCACUUCAAGUUCCUUGAUAUAGUAACAAGUCUCUUGGCCUUUGUCCCCACUGGGUGGGGCAUCAUUUUAAUAGCCCAGGUUCUUAGACCAUUUUUACAGUCUACAGUGGUUUGGGAGACGGUGGUAUCAGUGGCUCGGAUGUAUGAUAUGCUGUUUGGAGUGAUUGUUAUGAUGCCCAUGGCAUUGCUCUCUUGGUUACCUGGAUUUCAAGCAAUGCAAACUAGAAUCCUAUUCAAUGAAGCAUUCAGCAGGGGGCUUCAGAUAUCGCGUAUUCUUACCGGCAAAAAGACCAACUGAGGAGAUCGUAAAGGGUAUGAGAUGGAAUCAGCAGCCACCUUUAAUUCCACUGACAAAAGAAGACUGUAUGUGCUGUCUCAUGAGGUUCUUCGUUUAAAAAAGUUAAACAUUGGUUUUCACUUCAUCAAAUUGCAUCACCCUGCUACUGCUCUACUUGAGAAAUGCCCAGAGGGCAUGAGAUGUGGAAGAGUGGCCAUAGAUUAGACUGACGCAAGUAGUUUUUCAGUUUGUAUGUAAUUUUUUUUGUUUGUUUGGUGGUGUUGAGCAAGUUAGGUUUUGAUCUUCAAUUUCCCUAGCCAGAGGCAUUGUUAUGAUGCAAAUUGGGUACUAAUAGGACUAACGUUAUUGUAAGUGACAGAGCUUGUUGCUUUUUGUUCUCAUUAAUUAGCUUAGCUAUUUUCUAGUUUUGUACAUAUGCCAUUUGUUCAAUUAUAUGUAAUUGCUUAGGCUACUCAAAAGCAUAUGUUAAUUAAUGGAGUUUUCAUUUUUCCUGAUUCAA